UGUACCGCAGAGGAUUUCAGACCGGACUUUGACGGUAAACCACAUUCGCAGUGGAACGUCGGUGUUGCGAUAGUUUUCACACGGAGCUUCGUGAGGGCUUAUCCAACAUUCCUGGAGACCUUCGAAUAUGAAGAAAUCGGCGAGCAAUGGAUCACGCACUUUACGUACCUGAGACGUUGUUAUUUGCAACGGCAGAAAGGGGACGACGAAAUCUCGAGGAUACGACAGACAGCGCGUCGCAAAGCGCGCAGAGAAGCUGUGAGUGUAUGA